GAACAUUUAUUAGUUGGCCAACAGUCAACAAAGUGCAGCACCUUAACAAAGAAAGAAAGAAAGCCAAAAGUGGAGGUCUAUGGUCUUUUGGAAUUUCUGGCUAAAAUGCUGUUUCAAAAUCUACUAAGAAAUGUCUAUAAGUUAGGCAAGACAUACGAUAAAGAGUGCGAUUGUGGCUGUUUGGAUUCAGCGUCAUCUACAACAACAAACCUGGUGUUGAACGGUGGCAAUAAACCCUAUUCAAAUUAUAACAACAACAGCAGUACUGGCAUUAAUAAAUAUCCCACGAAAAGAGAGUCGGCAACGACUGGCAAAGAAAUCAGUGUUGGGGUCAUAAGUAGCAGCACCAACGUGGCGUCCUCGGCGGUGGGCAGCAACAGCCUCAAGACGGCUCAUACCAAAGUUGCAACAUCUGGGGGCCAUGCCAAUACGCAGGCCCCCAGUAAACGCUCUAGCAGUGGGGCAGACGGUGACUAUCAGCUGGUACAGCAUGAAGUGCUCUAUUCCCUAUCCGCUGAAUAUGAGGUUUUGGAAUUUUUGGGUCGUGGCACAUUUGGUCAAGUGGUAAAAUGUUGGAAACGUGGCACCUCGGAAAUUGUCGCUAUAAAAAUUCUUAAAAAUCAUCCAUCAUAUGCUCGCCAGGGUCAAAUUGAAGUGUCGAUAUUGUCGCGUUUAAGCCAAGAAAAUGCUGACGAAUUCAAUUUUGUACGUGCUUUUGAGUGUUUUCAACACAAGAAUCAUACCUGCCUGGUAUUCGAAAUGCUCGAACAGAAUUUGUAUGAUUUCUUGAAACAGAAUAAAUUCUCACCAUUACCUCUUAAGUACAUAAGACCCAUAUUGGAACAGGUUUUAACAGCUUUAUUAAAACUUAAACAAUUAGGUUUAAUUCAUGCCGAUUUGAAACCCGAAAACAUUAUGUUGGUAGAUCCAGUAAGGCAACCCUAUAGAGUCAAAGUCAUUGACUUUGGUAGUGCUUCACAUGUCAGUAAAACGGUAUGCAAUACCUAUUUGCAAUCACGUUACUAUCGUGCCCCGGAAAUUAUUUUGGGCUUGCCAUUCUGUGAAGCCAUCGAUAUGUGGUCUUUGGGCUGUGUUGUUGCUGAACUAUUUUUAGGUUGGCCAUUGUAUCCGGGAUCAUCGGAAUUUGAUCAAAUCAGAUACAUAUCACAAACUCAAGGUUUACCCACUGAACAUAUGCUAAACAGCGCCUCAAAGACAUCGAAAUUCUUUUAUCGUGAUACAGAUUCAACGUAUCCCUUUUGGCGUUUAAAGACCAUAGAAGAACAUGAGGCUGAAACGAACACCAAAAGUAAAGAGGCAAGGAAAUAUAUUUUCAAUUGUCUGGAUGAUAUUGGCCAAGUGAAUGUGCCCACAGAUCUUGAGGGUGGUCAGUUGUUGGCCGAGAAAACAGAUCGCCGUGAAUUCAUUGAUCUGCUGAAACGCAUGCUAACCAUUGAUCAGGAAAGACGUUUAUCGCCGGCAGACGCCUUAAAUCAUUCAUUUACACGACUAACCCAUCUGGUGGACUAUGUCUACUGUAAUAAUGUUAAGGCCUCGGUACAAAUGAUGGAAGUUUGUCGAAGAGGCGAUUAUCAUCCUGUACAGCCCACAUCUACAUUGGUAACGAAUUUCGUUCCCAGUACAUCGGAAAAUAUGACAUUUACCAUUAACAAUCAGUUAACGAGUCAGGUUCAACGUCUGGUACGGGAACGUCCACUGGCUUAUGAUGGUCUCUAUCAAAUCUAUGGCGGACGUAGUGUUGGACGUCAGUAUGCCCAGGGUCGCACCGAUACCUUCCAGCAUCAAUUGGUAUCGAAUAUAUUGUGCCCGCCAUCCUAUCAGGCAAUGCCCAGUCCCACCAAACAUGUCGUGGUUGGUAGUGCAACCAUGCAGCCACCGUUGCAGUUUACUUCUCAGCAAUAUGUCAAUGUGCCCGUACCAGUGUCAAUGGUUGAACCCACGUCUGGUCAACGUAUGCUACUAACUAAUCGUGUGCAGGCUAGUGGUGUUGCCUGGCCCCAAACAAGCCGUCAAAUGGCUUUAGUGCCAUCAUGGCCACAACAGGCGCCGGCACAUUCACUAAUCGUGGAUCCAGCACCAUUCUUGAAUGUUGAAGAAAUCUAUCCCAAACAUUUGAAUAUACCUCGUAAUGAUCUCAAAAAGGAAUCACCUGUACAUCAUUUAGUGAGCAAAGGCAAUUCGUAUCGUGUGCCACGCCAUGACAAAAAGGAGAAUCAACAAUUGUCACCUGUUAAGAAGCGCGUCAAGGAGAGUUCUCCACCCCACCAACAACGCUACAAUCGUACGUCUCACGUAUCGCCACAAUUUCAUAAUAGCCAUCACAAUUGUAAUUAUGGCAGCAGCAGUGGCAAUAGCUAUGGUGGUCAAGCGGUUGGCGGUGCAGUGGUUACAUCUGCCUCUUCAAGCAACAUUGUCAGUGCUAGUGGCAGCCACCAUCACCAUAGCGGUUCUUCAUCCAAUCAAUCACAUGUUAUCAGCACAAAUCCGGUUUAUGGCAGCAGUAGCAGUCAUCACAUUGUCAAUAAUUGUGGCGGUGGAGUUAGUGGUUCUUCGGGCAGCAACAAUGCUGGUGGCUAUCAUCACCAUUCGUCAUCAUCAUCGGGUGCAGGACAUCACAUUUCGUCCCAUCACAGCCAACAACCUCAGCAUGCGCACCAACUUCAUGGUGCCAUUGUUAAACAACAAACAAUAACUAUACAUGAUACCCCAUCGCCGUCUGCUGUUAUAACGAUUUCGGAUAGCGAAGAUGAAGGCAAUGAUGUACCAACGGUGCCAUCAUCGUCAAAUGCGGCACCAGGAAAGCAAAGGGCGCAUGCUCAGUCACAGACCACAUCCUCAAUGAUACAGCAUUCGGCAUCAUCGUCCUCGCUAGGCGGCUGUCGCAAUAGUGGUCAUCAACAUGGACAUUCUCAUCAGCAAAGUCAGAGCCAACAACAGCAACAAAUGCAUCAUCAACAACAACAAACAUAUGCUCAAACAUCUGCAAAUAAUUCCACAAAUCAAAAUAAGUUCCAACAUUAUCAGCAAGCGAUGAAUAUUAACCAUACUCAUCAAACGCUAUCACAUCAGUCUCAACAACAACAACAGCAACAACAAUCACAUCAACAACAACAACAGCAGCAACAUCAUCAUCAUCAACAACAGCAGCAAACAACGCAGCAACAACAAACGCAACAACACCAAAUGUCCCACAAUGUUGCUGCUGCCGUUAAGAAUAGUUCAAGUGACAACGAUCAUGAUGAGAUGCGACGACGUAACCCCAACAAUGGUGGUCACAGUACCAAUACUGUGCAUGCAGCUAGUAACAGUCCCAAACAGCAUCAAGCGCCGCAACAGACGCCUACUUAUCCAGCCACAGCUAAUGUAAAAUAUGAACCGGGCCAGUCACAGAAGAAGCGUAUAUUGGCCAUGGCUCAAAAUGAGUGCUAUAUGCCCUCGUCGCAUUCUAGCACUAACAGCAGUUCACAGACUCAGUCGCAGCCAUCAAAUAGCUUACCACACUUGCCCACCAAACAGGAACCUGUAGAAUUCUACGAAUAUCCUGCCCAUCAACAACAGCAAAUUGACAAUAAGCGUUCCUCAUGGGCAGCCGCCAAUACAUCAUCGUGUGGCAGUGGUUCUCAGCAUCAAUCCUCAUCAUCAUCAUCAGGUGCUGUUCCACCGAUAGCACACCAUAAACGUGAAGCUCCAUCGGUUGCGCCAUCCUCAGCUGGUGCUGGUGGUGGCGGUUAUGUACAACAACCAACAUCAUCGGGUACAUCUGUGGUUCAUCCGCCCAUGGCUCAUUCGAAGAGUUCGUCGUCAUCAUCUUCGGCCGCCGCUGCAGCAGCCGCAGCUGUUGGUCCACCAUCAUGGGGCGCAGCUCAAGUCUACCGGCAACCAUCACAAAGUUCUCAAUUGCAGCAAUCAUCGUCUGGUAGUGGCCAGUCACAUCAGGGUAAUACAACAACACCGAUGGGUAAUUCGCCAUCAUCGGCGGCCGCUGCAGCAGCCAUAUUGCAACAGGAUAUUUAUGCGGCUGCUGCUGUUCAGGGUGAUAUGUACCGUCGUCCAACGGUAUUUGUUUCCCAAGCAGCUCCAACAUAUGCCUAUAAUCGUGCAGUUGUUGCUCCACCGCCAGCACAUAAUAGUUCAAGUCGACAGGUUAUACCAUCACAUCCCUUGCCCGCUCACAUACAAUUCCCAACACAGUACAGUCAAUUUGCUCCCCUAAGUCCAGCCCAGGUAGCCGCCAGCAAACAUGCACAUUACGCACCGACGAAUAUAUGGUAUGGGGGCGAAUAAAUACUGAUUUAAACAUAACGAAUCGUUCAUGCAUGAUUGCAAGCAGCUAACAACAUUUAUACCCACCAAACA